ACGGCUGAGAAGGUAAACCCUAUUUUACUUGAGAAGAAGGCUUCAAAUUUUGAAUUUCCAGAGUUGGCGCUCUUCAUUCAUCAUUCAUUCAGAUCUUCAUUACUCAAAACAAACCCUCUCCUUUCUCUCUAGAAAAUCCUAGCCUCUCUCGUUCACGGUUCAUCAACCACAUUUUCACUGCAAUGGGUGCCGGUCACAGCCGCGAAGAUCUGGACCUUUCAGACUCCGAUCAAGAAAGCGAAGAGGAACGAACCCCACAGAAAGAUGUACAAGACAAUGAAACAUAUGAAGACGCCACAGAAGGAGAUCAGAGAUCUUCUGAACGGAGCGAUUCCAAAACACCCUCUUCUGUUGAUGAAUUGGAUGCUAAGCUCAGGGCACUAAAGCUCAAGUACCCUUCUAACAAACCCACUCUCAAAGACGCCGUCAAGCUCUAUCUACACGUCGGCGGAAACACCCCAAAGUCAAAAUGGAUUGUCUCAGACAAACUCACCCCAUAUUCAUUUGUAAAAGCCUCCCAAACCGACACCUCGGACGACGACGAGGAAGAAGACGAAGACCGCGAGGAAACCUCGUGGUUCUUUAAGAUCGGGUCUAAGAUUCGUGUCAAAGUUGGCCCUGAUAUGCAAUUAAAAUGUUUUGCUGAUCAAAGACGAGUGGAUUUCGUUUCAAAGGGUGUAUGGGCUAUGAAAUUCUUCACCGAUGUGGACUACAAGAGCUUCAUCGUCAAGUACGAGGAGUGUUUAUUUGAGAACGCGUAUGGGAUGGAAUCGAAUGAUGAUAACAAGAUCAAGGUUUACGGGAAGGAUUUUAUUGGAUGGAUAAAGCCGGAAGCUGCGGACGAUUCUAUGUGGGAAGAUGCUGAUGACAGUUUGCUCAGGAGCCCUGGUGCGGUGACACCCGUGAGGACGAAUCAGGAUCUACGGGAGGAGUUUGAAGAAGCUUCAGAGGAUGGUGGGGCAAUACAGAGCUUGGCGUUGGGUGCUCUUGAAAACAGUUUCUUGGUGAGUGCUUCCGGUGUUCAAGUAGUGAAGAAUUUUAGUCACGGGAUUCAUGGAAAAGGGGGUUAUGUUAAGUUUGGCGGAGGAGGAAGCUCCUACGGUGGUGGACGAUCGACUAUGGACUCUCAGUCUUGUACGCCCAAAAAGGCUCUUUUGAUGAGAGCUGAAACUAAUAUGCUGUUGAUGAGUCCAAUAACUGAUGGGAGGCCACACACAAGGGGGCUGCAUCAGCUUGACCUUGAAACAGGUAAGAUUGUUACUGAGUGGAAGUUUGGAAAAGAUGGAACUGAUAUUACCAUGAAAGAUAUUGCUAAUGACAAUAAGGGAGCCCAAAUGGAUCCUUCUGGAUCCACAUUUCUGGGAUUGGAUGACAACCGUCUUUGCAGGUGGGAUAUGCGUGAUAAGGGUGGGAUGGUUCAGGACCUUGCUAGUGCUAGUGCUCCUGUUUUGAAUUGGACCCAAGGGCAUCAGUUUUCCAGAGGAACUAAUUUCCAGUGCUUUGCAUCUACUGGUGAUGGCUCUAUAGUUGUUGGAUCAGUUGACGGUAAGAUCCGUUUGUACUCCAACAAUUCUAUGAGAAUGGCGAAAACAGCAUUUCCUGGCCUUGGUUCUCCUAUCACUCAUGUCGAUGUAACCUAUGAUGGGAAGUGGAUUUUGGGCACGACGGAUAGCUACUUAAUCCUUAUAUGCACUCUAUUCACCGGAAAGGAUGGAAAGACAAAGACUGGAUUUUCCGGCAGAAUGGGCAACCGAAUUUCAGCUCCAAGAUUGUUGAAGCUAACUCCUCUUGAUUCUCAUAUGGCUGGUGCUAACAACAAAUUCCGAGGCGCCCAGUUCUCAUGGGUGACAGAGCAAGGAAAGCAAGAGAGGCAUCUUGUUGCAACAGUUGGCAAGUUUAGUGUAAUAUGGAAUUUCCUACAAGUAAAAGAUGGUUCUCAUGAAUGCUACAAAAACCAGGUGGGACUAAAGAGCUGCUAUUGCUACAAGAUAGUGUUGAAAAAUGACUCAAUUGUCGACAGUCGCUUCAUGCACGAUAAGUUUGCAGUCAGUGAUUCCCCUGAAGCGCCACUGGUGGUAGCUACUCCUAUGAAAGUCAGCUCUUUCAGCAUGUCUAGCAGGCGAUAGAUAAAUAAUAUAUGCACUUAAUCAGAAGUCUCCUUUUCCUCCUUUUGUUGUUUACUACUUUGUGAACCUUAUUAGAGUACUACUUACUCUGUUGUGAUCCUUUACCAUUUCUCUUGUGAUGAUGGUUGGAAUCAAGUAUUUGUAGCCAUUACUUUGGAUGUAUGCGCUUAAUGUGUCAAAAUGAAGUUUAAUUGAAUUGUUUUAGAGAUGGAUAAUCUAUCUAUUUCUGCAUUU